UCUUUGCUUUAUUGAGACAAACCAACCAAAAUUAGAAACAGUAGACUUCCUGUCAAGAAUCCUUAAACGCAAACAGAUUUUGUCCUUUCAUAAUAUUUAGCCUUUGAAAGUCUGAGGACACUUAUCCCUUUUGACCUCACAACAUUCAACCAACAGAUGGUGAUAAAAUUGUUUUCCAAGAAAUUACAAAACUUCAACAUACCUUCAUCUGUUCUCUAGCAAUCAACAUAUUCCCAUUAUAUAGCCUUCCAUUUUAUUCACUGCAAACUGAAUUACUCUAAUGCAUAAUGGGUCUUGACAGUAUGAAAUCUGUACGGUAUGUUUUCGUCUAUGUUCUCCCUCGAACCUCUACUUUGUCUCAGCAAUUUGGUUUAUCUGAACUUGUAUUUAUUGCCAGAUUUAGAGACGAGCUUGUUGAAACUGCAGAAGAGGGGAAGUUUAACGUUGCUGCCUCCAUGAAAAACGAGGAGCAGAAGACUGAAUUGGAAGCAGCGAGAAAGGGCUUCCAGAAGAAGAAGCUUUCACGAGUCUUUUCAGAGGACUAUGAAGCAGUGCAGAGGAAUAUAUUUGAUCCUCGCGGAACCAGCCUUAGCCUAUGGAAUAAGUUAUUCCUCUUAGCAUGCCUUGCUUCUCUUUUUGUUGACCCUCUGUUCUUUUAUCUACCGAGCAUUGAGGACGAGAUGUGCCUGGCUGCAAGUCAUCCCCUCGAGAUAGUCCUCACAGUAACUCGAUCAGUGAUAGAUGCAUUCUAUGUCAUCCAGAUUUUUGUUAGGUUCAGAACAGCUUAUGUAGCGCCUUCCUCUCGAGUUUAUGGGAGAGGAGAGCUCGUCAUUGACUCUAAAAGGAUUGCAUCCCGGUAUUUCUCUAAGGACUUGUGGUUCGACUUGUUAGCUGCUCUUCCUCUUCCACAGGUCUUGAUUUGGGCUGCAAUCCCAUCUAUGAGAGGCUCAAACAAAAUCUCAGCCAAACAUGCGCUUCGCCUCACUAUAAUGUCUCAAUUCCUACUGAGAUUGUAUCUCAUUUUCCCUCUGUCAUCUAAAAUCAUCAAGACCACUGGUGUGAUGGUGGAAGCUGUGUGGGCUGGGGCAGCAUGCAACUUGCUCCUCUAUAUGCUGGCAAGUCAUGUCAUUGGUUCGUGUUGGUACUUUUUGGGUGUUGAAAGGCAAGAACAGUGUUGGAAAAAGGUUUGUGAUGAGCAAAAGCCAAAUUGCCAGUACUGGUACUUUGAUUGCAGAUGGAGGCAUGAAGGCAGAAGAGUUGGGUGGUAUGAGUGGAGCAACAUCUCCAGAUUAUGUGGUCCUGACACUGACUUGUACUACUUUGGGAUUUAUGGUGAUAUUAUGAGCUUUGGAGUUGGGCAGGCGUCGUUCUUGGACAAGUACUCUUACUGCCUCCGGUGGGGGCUGAGGAACCUGAGCUCUCUUGGGCAGAACCUCACCACAGGUGCCUACAUUGGAGAAAACAACUUUGCCAUUGUUGUUGCAAUUCUGGGAUUGGUUCUUUUCGCCUUACUUAUCGGGAAUAUGCAAACAUACCUCCAGUCUGCCACUCUGAGGCUAGAAGAGUGGAGGGUGAAGAGGACUGAUGCAGAAGAGUGGAUGCACCACCGGCAGCUCCCACACGAGCUCAAGGACAGAGUGCGCAGAUAUCAUCUCCAUAAAUGGGUGACUACACGAGGCGUCGAUGAAGAAGCCAUUGUCAGAGGUCUUCCUUUGGAUCUCAGACGAGACAUCAAACGCCAUCUCUGUCUUGGUCUGGUUCGACGUGUUGCAGUAUUUGAUGAGAUGGAUGAGUGCAUUCUGGAUGCAAUCUGUGAGAGGCUAAAGCCGGUGCUAUUCACACCAGGAACUCGGCUUCUGCGAGAGGGAGAUCCUGUGAGCGAAAUGCUGUUCAUCAUUCGCGGCCGCCUGGAGUCUUACACCACAGAUGGAGGGCGAAGCGGGUUCUUCAACUCGUGCAGGCUGGGCCCCUGUGAUUUCUGCGGAGAAGAGCUGCUAACUUGGGCUCUAGACCCGCACCCCAGCAUCAUCCUCCCUUCGUCUUCACGCACAGUCACAGCCCUCACAGAAACAGAAGCAUUCGCGCUGGCUGCAGACGACCUCAGAUUCGUUGCAUCGCAGUUCAGGAAGCUGCACACCAAGCAGCUGAGGCACACCUUCAAGUUCUACUCGCACCACUGGAGGACCUGGGCUGCAUGCUUCAUACAAGCAGCCUGGUUUCGCUACAACAAACGGAAACACCUCGCAGCACUCAACGCCAGGGAGAAUCAACCUUCUCACUUGGGUAUGUAUGCUGCAAGCUCAAGAAAGGGAAAGGGUAGUAGUAGCAGCAGGAGGAUGAGCUCGCUUCAUAUCCUCAACUCAUUACACAAGCCUCUGGAACCAGAUUUCUCAGCUGAUAUAGAUAGAUGAUAUAUAGCCCAAGGAAAGGGGAA